AUGCGCUUCAUAUCUGCCGCCGCGACGGCUGCUGCGCUGUUGCGCUCCUGCGCGGGCCUCACUCUCGACGUCCCGACCGCGACCGCCAUCGUCGCCGUCGUCGACAUCCUACCACACCCGGCGCAAAUCACCGGCGGCGGCGCUGCGCUUGAGCUGCGCGACCGCGACGGCGAUGGCGGCCACCACGGCCACGGUAACUGGACCGGAAACGACGACAACGGCUUCAACAAGACGUGCGCGCGCUCCGUCUAUAGCAGGGCCUUUAGCCGCUCCAUCCCCAACGAGGAGCUCAGCUCGGCCCUGCGCUCCUCGCUCUCCGUCAGCGGCGCAUCGUCGCGGCCCUGGCGCGGCGACCUCUGCACCGUCACCCUCGCCUCCAGCCUGUCGUCUGACUACAUGUCCUACCUCGGCCAGGCGCGGAGCAAGUACACCAGCGCGACCGACUACCUCAAGAGCGUGCACACCGACUGCGGCGGGCCCGUCUUCCAGGUCAGCGUCCGGCCGGUCUGCACGAAAAGUUCCCUGACGGCCGUGUUUACUGGCACCUCGGGAUCGCCAAAGACGACGGUGCUGCCGGCCGUGCCGCCGAACAAUGGAGUCAGUAUCGAUGUCAAGACGGGCAACGUCAGCAUGAUCAACCUCCUGGCCGAUGACGACAAGGGGUCUGCGGCGUCGGGGCUGGGCCGUGGUCGCGCGCUGGGCUCUGUGGUUACGCUCGCGGCGGCGGCUGGUGUUGCCUUGAUGUUGUGA